AUGUUUGCUUCCAAACUUUCCAGAGCUCUUCCAAGAGCCACAUCCUCCGUCGCACGCUCAGCAUCUCUUCGCACACCAUUAGUAUCAUCGUUUACCAAACGAUGGAACUCGGAUGAUGCGGACAAAAAGAUUAACGGACCAGUUAUUGGUAUUGAUUUGGGUACCACUAACUCCGCGGUGGCUGUAAUGGAAGGACAGACUCCAAAGAUUAUCGAGAACUCAGAAGGUGCCCGUACAACUCCAUCAGUGGUAGCUUUCGCACAAGACGGCGAGAGAUUAGUCGGUGUAUCUGCAAAGCGUCAAGCUGUUGUAAACCCAGAGAACACCUUGUUCGCCACAAAGCGUUUGAUCGGACGCAAGUUCACUGACAUUGAGGUUCAACGUGAUAUCAAGGAGGUUCCUUACAAGAUCGUUCAACAUACAAACGGCGAUGCUUGGGUUUCUGCUCGUGGUGAGAAAUACUCUCCAUCGCAGAUUGGUGGAUUCGUUUUGCAAAAGAUGAAGGAAACCGCCGAAGCCUUUCUUACCAGGUCUGUUCAAAAUGCCGUCGUUACCGUUCCUGCAUACUUCAACGAUUCCCAACGUCAAGCCACCAAGGAUGCUGGUCAAAUUGCCGGUUUGAACGUUCUCAGAGUCGUCAACGAGCCAACUGCUGCCGCUCUCGCUUACGGUUUGGAGAAGGACGAGGAUAAGAUUAUCGCUGUUUACGAUUUGGGUGGAGGUACCUUUGAUAUUUCCAUCCUCGAGAUCCAAAAGGGUGUCUUUGAAGUCAAAUCUACCAAUGGUGAUACCCACUUGGGAGGUGAAGAUUUCGAUAUCCAUUUGGUUCGCCACUUGGUUCAACAAUUCAAGAAGGAUUCUGGCAUUGACCUUGCCGGUGACCGCAUGGCCAUCCAACGUAUCCGUGAGGCUGCUGAGAAGGCCAAGAUCGAAUUGUCCUCUUCCAUGCAAACUGAUAUUAACCUUCCUUUCAUCACUGCCGACUCUUCCGGACCAAAACACAUCAACCAAAAGCUUUCACGAUCACAACUCGAGAAGCUGGUUGACCCAUUGAUCACCCGCACCAUCGAACCAGUACGAAAAGCUUUGAAGGAUGCAAACCUUGCUGCCAAGGACAUUCAAGAAGUCAUUUUAGUUGGUGGAAUGACCCGUAUGCCAAAGGUCAGCGAGUCAGUCAAGUCAAUCUUUGGUCGUGAUCCCGCCAAGUCCGUCAACCCAGAUGAGGCUGUUGCCAUGGGUGCCGCUAUUCAAGGUGGUGUCCUCGCUGGUAACGUCACCGAUGUCCUUCUCUUGGAUGUUACUCCAUUGUCUCUUGGUAUUGAGACCCUCGGAGGUGUAUUCACCCGUUUGAUCAACCGAAACACUACCAUUCCUACCAAGAAAUCUCAAAUCUUCUCCACUGCCGCCGAUUUCCAGACUGCUGUCGAGAUUAAGGUUUACCAAGGUGAGCGUGAGCUUGUUCGCGAUAACAAGAUGCUCGGUAACUUCCAACUCGUUGGUAUUCCACCUGCUCACAGAGGUGUACCACAAAUCGAGGUCACUUUCGAUAUUGACGCCGACGCCAUUGUCCACGUUCACGCAAAGGACAAGUCUACCAACAAGGAUCACUCCAUCACCAUUGCUUCCGGCUCUGGUCUUUCUGAUAUGGAAAUCCAGAACAUGGUUGAUGAUUCUGAAAAAUAUGCCGAGUCGGACAAGGAGCGCAGGGCUGCCAUUGAGGCUGCAAACCGAUCCGACAGUGUUCUUAAUGAUACUGAGAAGGCUUUGAACGAAUUUGCCGACAGACUCGACAAGGCUGAGGCUGACGGCAUCCGCGAGAAGAUCACUGCUCUCCGUGAAUUCAUCACCAAGAGUCAGUCCGGAGAAGGUUUGGUUACUGCUGCCGAGUUGAAGGAGAAGACCGAUGAGCUCCAAAUGGCCAGUCUGAACCUUUUCGACAAGAUGCACAAGGCCAAGUCCGAGUCCGCAGAGGCCAAGCCAGAAGGUAGCGCACCAGAAGGCGAGGCUAAGGACGGCGAGACGAAGCCUUGA